CUGCGGAAGUGAACCGGAAGUUGUCAUCAGCUAGUAGCAACUAACAAUUUGACAACAAAGAUCUGAUCAGCCGAACAACAGAGAGAGCUAUUGAUUAUUGUUGUUGGGUUUAUCUGCGGCUCUCCAGGCGGAUCAGACGGUGGAAACUGUCCGGUUACUCUCCUGCUCACGACCCGGAUCGACUCGUAGAACCAUGUGUGAGGAGCAGACGGUGUCUCUGGUUGAUGUUCUGGAGGAAGAUGAAGAGUUGGAGGAAGAAGCUUCAGCUGUUUUGGCAGGAAGUGACUCAGACCACUGCUCCUACCCUCAGGGCUAUGUGAAGCGUCAGGCUCUGUACGCCUGUAACACCUGUACACCAAAGGGAGGAGAGGCAGCAGGUGUGUGUUUGGCCUGUUCAUAUAAAUGUCAUGAGGGGCAUGACCUCUUCGAACUCUACACCAAGAGGAACUUUCGUUGUGACUGUGGAAACAGGAAGUUCACAGAGCUGCAGUGUAAACUUUUCCCUGACAAAGAUGAAGUCAACAGUCUGAACAAAUACAGUCAUAACUUCUUUGGAAUUUACUGUACCUGUAGUCGGCCUUAUCCAGACCCAGAUGAUCAGGUGGAGGAUGAGAUGAUUCAGUGUGUGGUGUGUGAGGACUGGCUGCAUGGCAGGCACCUGGGCUGUGUGGUUCCAGACUGUGUGGAGCUGCAGGAGAUGAUCUGUGAGUCCUGUAUGAACAAAAACCCUUUCCUCUGGACCUAUGCUGCUCACCUGGCAGUUCCAGGUGCAGCAGUACCGGUGAAGGAGGAAACGGGAGGAGAUUCAAACACAGAUGUUCCCAACAAGGAAGAACAGGUUGAUGAUGUCAUCGAGCCCAGCUGUAAGCGGAGCCGUGAGGAGUCAAGCUGCAGACUGAAGGAACUGCAGGAGACUGGUCAGAAAAGAGUCCAAUCAGGAGCUGUGUUCUGGCCGUCAGCGUGGCGCUCCAAGCUCUGCUCCUGCAGCACCUGCCAGGAGCGUCUGUCUGAAGCCGAUCUGUCCUUCCUGUUUGACGAGUCAGACACCGUCCUCGCCUACGAGAAAAAAGGAAAGAACAACGAACAAAAAGAACAAGGACACGAUCCUCUGAUGUCAGCACUCGACAACCUGAACCGAGUGCAGCAACUCGAGAUCAUCCACGGAUACAACGACAUGAAGACUGAACUCAAGGAUUUUCUGCAGAGAUUCGCAUCUGAAGGAAAGGUCGUGACUCCUGAUGACAUCCGUCAGUUCUUUGAGCAACAGCAGAGUCGUAAGAGACGACGAGUCGAUGCUGGACGUUUCUACUGUACCUGAUGACCUGCGACUAACCAUGACCUUUGACCUUCUUCUAAUCACCUGACUGGGUCAUCCCACAUAAUUUCCUGUCCUGUUUCCUGUCGAUCAGCUGAUAUUUGUGGAUUUUCUGCACAUUUUAAAGUUUUUACCAGUUUAUUUUGAAUCUUUGAGACGUCCUGUUUUUAAUGUUUGUGUUUCAGAGGUCAAAGGUCACCAACAGUAACAUUUGUGUUGUUUUUGUGUUUUCUUUUUAAUGAAAACCAAUAAAACUGAACCUCCACACC